AUGAAGGCCUUCUUUGCACUCGCCGUGGCCGCGCUGCCGCUGCUGGCCAACGCGUCGCUCGAGACCCGCGCCUCCAACGGCGGCGGCCAUCGACGCGGCUACCGGCCACGACACUUUGGCAGCCACAACGUCCGUCGGAGCGCCCCGGGCGCCGCCAUCGCCACGUCCUGGGAUCAGGUGGGCGACCAGGUGUUUGACUACGUCAUCGCCGGCGGCGGUACCGCUGGCCUUGCGCUGGCCGGCCGGCUCAGCGAGGAUCCGGACGUCACCGUGGCCGUCAUCGAGGCCGGCGCCAGCGGCUACGACCACGACGAGCAGCUCCUGACGCCCAGCAACGCCUACUUCAAGAGCUCCGUCGGCACCGAGCUCGACUGGCAGUACUCGACCGUUCCCCAGGACAAGCUCGUCGACGCCAACGGCACCAGUGGCCGUGAGGCCGCGUGGCCCCGCGGCAAGGUCCUCGGCGGCUCGAGCGCCAUCAACGGCCUCUACUACGUCUCCGCCAGCAAGCGCGAGCACCAGGUGUGGGGUCGCCUCUCGGGCGACCUCGGCAGCUGGGGCUGGCAUAGCAUCCGCGACGCCAGCCAGAAGUCGCAGCGCUUCUCGAGGAACACGGUCGGCCCGCUCGACGCCUACAUCGAGGACGAGUCCGACUUCAUGGGCGCCAGCGGUCCCGUCUGCGUCUCGUACCCGGGCGUCUCGUACCAGCCCGUCGCCGACUGGGUGCCCACGCUCGGCGCCCUCGGCAUUCCGGCGGCGCAGUCGCCCUACGGCGGUGAGAACCAGGGCGCCUUUAUCGCCGCCUCGACCAUCGACUCGGCUACCUGGCAGCGCAGCUUCAGCCGCAACGCCUACCUCGACCCCAUCGCCGAUCGCCGCAAGAACAUCGUCGUCAUCCCCAACCAGACCGUCACCCGCAUCGUGUGGAGCGAUGACUACGAGGUCGACGCCGAUGUGGGCCGCCGCGCUCUCGGCCUCGAGUUCGCCUCGUCGCCCGACGCGCCGCGGGCCACCGUGACGGCGCGCCGCGAGGUGAUCCUGUCGGCCGGUGCCAUCGGAACGCCGCAGAUCCUGCAGCUGUCGGGCGUCGGCAACCCCUACCUCCUCGAGCAGCACAACAUCACCCUGAUCAAGGACCUCCCCGGCGUCGGCGAGAACCUGCAGGACCACCUCGCCUCGUCGGUCGUCUACACGCCCGCCGAGGGCAUGAAGCUCCCCGCUGCUGCCGCCGGCGAGACUUCGAAGCAGGCCUCGUUUGUCGACUCGUCGAUCGCCUACCUGACGCUCGAGAAGAUGUACGGCACCAAGGAGGCGGCCAAGUUCAUCGAGCGCGCGCGCCGGUUCAGCGACGACUACAUCGCCUCGGCCGAGACGACGCCCGAGGCGGUCAAGCGCGGCUGGAGGAAGCAGUACGACCUGCUGCUCGACGAUCUGCUGGUCCGCGAGUCCAAGUCGGGCUUUACGGGUUCCGCCAAGGGCGCCAUGGAGAUGCUGCUGGGCAUCUCGAUGGGCAGCGUCCAGAUCGAGACGGCGCUGCAGGCUCCCUUUUCGCGCGGCACCGUCCAGAUUGCCUCGGCCGACGCCUUUGACAAGCCGCUCAUCAACCCAAACUACCUCCAGCACCGCUCCGACGUCGAGCUGCUGCGCUCGGGCUUCCAGGUGGCGCGCAAGAUUGGAUCCACGGCCCCGAUGAAGGACCUCGUCUCUGCCGAGACGGCGCCCGGCCCCGGCGUCGAGAGCGACGAGGAGUGGGACCGAUGGGUCGCCAGCGUCGUGGGCACCGAGUACCACCCGUCGUCGACGUGCUCGAUGCUCGAUGAGCACGACGGCGGCGUCGUCGACUCGACGCUCAAGGUGUACGGCACCGAGAAUGUGCGCGUCGUCGACGCCAGCAUCAUCCCGCUCAGCCUGAGCUCGCACCUGAUGAGCGCCACGUACGCCAUCGCCGAGAUUGCCGCCGACCUCAUCAAGAGCUGCUCCGUCGAGCCCAUCGAGGAGUGCGACUACGAGGACGAUGCCGAGGAAGAGGAAGAGGAGGAGGCGGUGGUGGUGGCGGACAAGUGCUAG